AUGGCAGCAGUCCGAGACAGCUUUCUCGAUCUCGAAAAGCAUCGUUUGCUGCUCGAGGACAACAUUGCCAAGCUGCAGAAGGCUUUGCAGCACUGGCAACAAUGGGAUGCAGAGUAUGAGUCCUUGAAAGAGGAGAUCGAGUCUGUCCCUCAGCCUGCCAGCCGAGAAGAUCUAGCGCGCAUUCGCAGAGACUUUGAGGGCGAGGUCGUCGACAAAAAGGAGAUCAACGACUUAUUCGGCCGGGUCGAUCUCAAGCCAGCCGAGCAGGUCGUCAAUCUGCUGUCGCGUCGCAUCGAGUACGUGUCAAAGAACAUCGAGACACUCGAAAAGCAGCUUGAGUCUGCCCAACAGAAACAUGCCGCUGCCAGCGUCGUCAGCAAUCCAGACGUCCGGGACGAGGAUGGUCUUCCUAUAACAGAGAUCAUCGAGGAGCUCGAUGAGGAGGGCAACGUUGUCUCUAGCCGGCUACAGCGGCCUGGCGACUCUAGCGCCCAGCUCAAGGAGAUUCUGGCCAAGGCCGGUGUCAAAGACAUACCUGCCGGGAAGCCUCAGGAACCCGAAAAGGUUGAGGCUAUCGUCGAAGAUGUCACCAAUGAGCCUCUCCUUGGGGAGCCCAUGGCACCUGCGCCCGCCGAGCAUGCUGCUGCUGUUGCAAAAGAGACGGAGCUCGAGGCCACAGCAGACGACACUGUCGCCAUCAAGAAGUCAGUUUCCUUCGCCGAGGACACUAAGCCGCCAACGGAGCCGCAAGUAUCAAGGACCGCCCAGCGCGUGGAGGAAAUCAUGCAAACCGCCAAGCAGCAGGAAGAGCUCGGCAGCCAACCACCAGUCCUACCCGAGAACGAGUCUGAGGAAGAUGCCUUUCUCCGUCGAGAGAUGCUCAAGUACGGUAUGGAAGAGGUCGGAGCAGUGGUGGCUGAGCUCAAUCUCGAGGAAGGUUCUGACGACGACGAGGACUGGGAGUAUGAGUACUCCGACCUUGAAGAGGACGAAGAGGACAAGUUUGGUCGAUCCAAGACCAGCGUGCUCGACGAGGGAUACCAUCAGAGAAUGUUGGAGCUCGAGAAACGGCUCGGAGUCAAGUCUCGCUUCACUGAAAAGGUCGAAGCAGAGACCGAGGAGUCGGAUGAUGAUCAGCAAGGCAUCGGCCGCAUUGUGGUGAGCCAGGGCGACAAGGGCAAGGCGGUGGAGCCUGUCAAGUCAUCACCUGCUCCCGCUGCGUCCAUUCUACGCACGGCUUCGUCGAGCGAGUCUGAUGACGGCAAGAAGAGUGUUCGCUUUGCUCAAAGCCUGGACAUUGCCGCUGAGAAAGAGGCUCCGGCACCGGCACCAGCCGCGCCGCCAUCAGCACCCGAACCCAUCGUGGAGCCUCUGAGCGACAUUGUUGAGCGCACUGGUCCCUCGAAGCAGACAGUUAGGCCCAGCCGGAAGACAUCUCGUUUCAAGACACAGAAGGCCGCCCCUACUGUCGUCGAUGAUGGAUUCGUUCCGAUGGGUCCGCGCGACGUGCCCUCACGGUUCCUCGACCAGGACAGGCCGACAGCCCCAACAGGUCCUGAGGGCAAGACGCUGGCUGAUGCGGUCAUCGAGAAGGAAAGCAAAGCUCUCGACGAAGACGCCUAUGAUGACGAGUUCAUCGAUCAAGAUCUCGCGGACGAGUAUCAUCGACAGAGGCGCAACUUCAUUCAGAAGCAAGGCGGCUUCCUGCAGGAAGACACGUCUGUGGUCCGGCCCCUUGACGAAGCCGAUGGUGGUCAGCGGAUCAGCAAGUUCAAGGCUGCUCGACUUUCCAAGCAGUAG